AUGCAGAAUGUACACCUUGUCCAUCAGAUUCGGGUGGGCAAGAUUGAUCCGGCGAGGUACGGGACAUUGGAGAGGUGUCGGAAUCUGAGGAGGUUGCAUUUGGAGGAUGAGAGGGUGACGGAGUGGGAUUUGAUGAGUGGUAGUAUGACAACUUCUGCGGCUGCGGCUGCGACAAGGACAAGGAUGAAGAAGGCGAAGAAGGUAAUCAUGGCGUUUGGGUCGAAUGGAGAGGCGCGGAGACAUUCGUUGCCUGAGACUACGAUCACGAGUGGUGGUGGACUAUCAUCGUCGAGUGUAUUGAAUGCAAUUGGUACUGCUUCAGGAACCUCUUCCUCUGGAACGACAAUAGCGAUGAAGGACGAUGUGACAGGGCAAGAUUACGACUGUGAUGACGAAGACGAGGACCAUUACUCGGGAGACCAGUGGGUCGAGCUUUUCAUUGCCUUGAUCAAGCAGAACCCUUCCUUGCAGAAGAUCUGCAUCAUGAUGGAGCGGUUUGAGCCCACGGCGGUGUUUUGGGAAUCGAUCGAACACGCGACGAAUGCUCGUUCUAGAGACGGAAAGAGCGGGGGCAGCGGAGGACGAAGGCGAGGAGGAGGAGGGAAAGGUGGGGCGCUCAAGAGUCUCGAGUGUGUGUUUACAAGAUUCCCUAACCCACAACUUGUCACCUCCUUCCUGAGAGCUCUAACGGGGCUUGAGUCCUUGGUCCUACAGCACUGCACCUUCGAGGGUCUCUUCUUUCCGCCAAAUACCUUGCACGGACGCAAGUACCCGACCCUCCAAUCGCUCACUCUGGCAACCAACACUGGAAUCGACCUACAAACGCAACUAGAGUUCAUCCAAUGCUUCCCAAACCUUCAGUCGCUCUCCUGGUCAAUCAUGGGAUCCCUCCAACUCUCCCUACCAGAAUUCUGUACGCUUCUCCGACUGCACUGCCCCCAUAUAACCUCCCUCGUUUUGUCCGAUCGAAACCUCGAGCCCACAGACCUGGCCCAGAUCCUUCUCGCGAUCCCUCGACUGUUCCGGUUCCUCCUCAGAUUCGACACGGUCCAGUCGAUGUUCAACGACAAGGAGGUGAUGGAUGCGAUGAGACGGCAUUUUGGAACGUUACAGGAUCUGGAGUUUGGACAGGUGCGGUCAACGAUUCGGUGUGGGACGGUGUUGGAGUUUUUGAGGAGGUGUCCGAGGUUGGAGAGGCUGGUUGCCUAUGGGAGAUUGGAUUGUAGUCGUCAGGGGAUGAUGCAUUUCUUUCCAGAGGCGUCGUUGUCGUCGUCAUCGGCUUCUUCUUCAUCUGCGACUAUUCCGUCGAUGUUAGUGGAGACGGCACAGGGCUCUGGGGCUGGAGGAGAACACCAACAUGGAGGCCGCCAGGAACAAGUAGGAGAAGAUGACGAGGAGCAGCAGCAGGAGAACAUGGCAAAGGAUGCGCCAUGGGUCUGCCUGGGUCUCAAAACACUUCACGUGGUCAUGGCUGGGGACCCACAAAACGUCUGGCUAAACCGGUCCCUCCAACACCGGCUCUUCAACCAACUCGGCCGUCUCUCCCAACUCCAACAACUCUCCCUCGGCCACUGUGUCCUCUGGAUGUACGAAAACGGAUACUCUCACCACGGAUUGGAUUUCACACUCGAUGCUGGACUGGCGAAACUGAGCGGGCUCAAGAAAUUGGAAGAGUUGAAUUUGGAGGGGAUCUAUCAGAAAAUGGGGGAGAGGGAUAUGGAAUGGAUGCUGGAGAAUUGGCCGAAGUUGAGGGUUGUUGAGGGGGAGUUGCAUCAUCGACGGGAGGAGCGGGUCAAGCUGGAUGGGUUGAUGGAGAAUAGAGGGUUUAAGAUUUUGAAUCAUUCCUACCGCAAGUAA